AUGAGUAAGCUCGAUAGGUUUCUAUGUUGUUGUAACUUUAUCUCCUCCCACCCCUUCUUUGCGGUGACAGCUUUGCCACGGGAAUAUUCUGAUCACUCCCCGAUCACUCUCAUCUCAGGUAAUUGCACGAAUGAUCCCUAUGGCACACCAAAUGAAGUUCUUGUGGCAAAGCUUCGCAUUUUAAAGAAUGCAAUCAAAAAAUGGAAACGCAUAGAUCAAGGAAACGUGUUAAAAGAAACCAACAUGUUGAAAACAAGGGUUAACGAACUAGAUAUGGCAGCGGAGUAUAGAAAUUUGUCAACAUCUGAAAUUACAGAAUUGAGAAACGGAAGAAAAAAGAUUUUAGAAUUGGAAAACAUUCAUCAGAUGGAUCUCAGACAAAAGUCUAAGACGGAGGUGAACCCUAUAAAGACAGAGGCUUGGAAAUUCUUUCAACAUAAGUUCACUGAGACGCAUAAAAUCAUACCCAAUUCAGAGGAAAUAAAGAAUGCAAUCUGGAGCUGCGGUGGGGACAAAGCCCCGGGGCCGGACGGGUUCACGUUCCAGUUUAUGAAGAGGUAUUGGCACAUGAUGAAAGACGACAUUAUGAGGUUCAUAAAAGAUUUUGAGAGCACCGAAUUGAUGGGAAAGGGAUGUAAUUCGUCAUUCAUCACACUGGCUCCAAAGGUUAAAGACCCAAUAACCUUGGUGGACUAUCGGCCAAUUAGCCUCAUUAGGGUCCUAUACAAGAUAAUUUCAAAAACUCUCACAAACCGUCUGAAAUCUAUCAUUAGUUCCGUAAUUGGAGAAUCCCAAACUGCUUUUAUUGAGGGUAGAAACAUACUCAAUGGUCCUGUCAUCAUUAAUGAGACCUGUGCUUGGGCGAAAAAGGCGAAACAAAAGAUGUUCCCCCUCAAGGUCGAUCUUGAUAAAUCAUUCGAUUCAAUACAUUGGGGAUACCUAGAUUCAAUUAUGUUACAAAUGGGCUUCGGAGUUAAAUGGCGUUCCUGGAUAUCAGGUUGUCUCACCACAGCACGUGCCUCUGUUCUUGUCAACGGCUCACCUACGGAUGAAUUCGUUUUGUCUAAAGGUGUUCGGCAGGGAGAUCCUAUCUCCCCGCUCCAUUUUAUUAUUGCAAUGGAGGGACUCAACAUCGCCCUUAAAGAAGCGUGUCAAAAAUCUGUAAUACAAGGCUUAAAGGUGAACUUCCAAAAGUCUAAAUUAUAUGGAAUUGGUGUAUCCGAUUGUGACUUGGCUGCCAGUGAAAGGGUUAUUGGAUGUGAAGCAAGCUCAUUUCCAUUUUCGUACCUAGGUGUUCCGGUAACAUGGGAUAAAGUGAUUGCUCAUAAAGAAAAUGGAGGACUUGGUGUUGGUUCGUUGAGGGCUGCCAACCUUGCACUACUUACUAAAUGGAUAUGGCGAAUUAAGGAAGAGAAAAACACGAUAUGGAAGAAUAUAAUCACAGCAAUUCAUAAUCUGGAUAGGAAACCUAUCAACAAAUUAGUUAAAAAAUCGAUCCAUGGAAUAUGGAGAGGCAUGGUUAAAGCAAUGGCAGAACUGGAGGAUCUAAAUACUAUUCCGGCUAACAUGUUUGUGGUGAAGGUAGGAAAUGGCGAACAUACUAGUUUCUGGCAUGAAACAUGGAUUGGAGUGGAACCUUUAGCCUCUUGGUUUCCUAACAUAUUCAAGCUUGAUAAGAAGAAGUCAGCAUCAAUUUUGGAAAGGAGAGCUGAAGAAGGUUUUGUGGCGAAAUGGAAGAAAGCCCCAUCCUCCCCUGUUGAAUUGAUGGAGUUGUCUCAACUUCAGUCAAUUAUUCGCAACUUUAUCUUCUCAAGUGAGCUAGACUCUUGGAAAUUUUCACUUACACAUGAUAGAAUUUUUAGGGUGGAUACACUUAGAUAUCAGGCGGAUUUGGCAUUGGCGGUUUCAUCACCAAAACGGAUCGAAUGGAUUCACAUGGUGCCGCUAAAAAUAUUGGUGUUUUUAUGGAGGGUGUCCAUGGAUAGAAUUCUUACAGCAGAUGCUCUUUCACAUAGGGGAAUAAAUGUUAAUUCGGUAACGUGCCCUUUGUGUCAAUUGGAUUUAGAAAAGACGGACCAUCUUUUGGCGAAUUACUCAUACUCGGGAGAAACAUUCAGGUUGAUAUUUGAGUGGUGUGGCAUUGAGCCUCAAAAAUUCGUUUCAGUGGUUUAA